AAGAAAAAAGAAAAAAAAGAAGAAGAACGUAACCAGGCUAAUAUUUGGUGCUGGAGCGAGUUUCAAAGCAGCUGUCUUUAAAUAGUUUGAUCUCAGCUAGAGUAGCUCAUUGGUAUUGUAACAUUAUUUAAUAUUCACGACAAAUCGUUUAACAGAAGCUAGAUUUACACAUAGCCUACUGAAAGUAUAUCUCGAUGGUCUUAAUGUCUGGAAAAAUAUCUCGAUAGAAGAAAGAAAAACAUUUAAAAAACAUUUUCUUUGUUUACAUUGCGGAUUUUGCAGUUGACCACCUGCAAGGCUUUUAUUUUGCCUGCAUUCUGCUCUAGACAGGGGGCGUGUACACGUCUAGACCUUCAUUUCAGUGCAUGUUAAGAUUAUCUUUAUCAGAUUGUUAUAAUUUCAGACGUGCAAUCUCUGAAAAACGAUAUGUAACACAUGUAGUUGCCAGCUCAUUUUAAAUCCGCUUGGCUAUAGUCACAGAGAAGAAGCGCAUCGCCACUGAGACUCUACAGAGCAUCAUUCUGACACGCCUCUCCUGAGAGAAAUCUGUCAGCAUGGGAUAUUUAAAGCUGAUCGAGAUCGAAAAUUUCAAAUCUUAUAAAGGACGCCAAAUAAUCGGACCAUUUCACAAAUUUACAGCAAUAAUUGGACCAAAUGGAUCUGGGAAGUCAAACCUGAUGGACGCCAUCAGUUUUGUAUUAGCAGAGAAGACCAGUAACCUGCGCGUUAAAACUCUGAAGGAUCUCAUCCAUGGAGCACCAGUAGGAAAACCAGCAGCCAACCGUGCCUUCGUGAGCAUGGUCUACUGCGAGGACAAUGGAGAUGAAUGCACUUUCACAAGGGUCAUCAUUGGUUCCUCCUCAGAGUACCGAAUCAACAAUAAGGUGGUCGGGCUUUCAGACUACAGCGAGGAACUUGAGAAACUGGGUAUCCUUAUUAAGGCCAGAAAUUUUCUUGUGUUUCAGGGUGCAGUGGAGUCGAUAGCCAUGAAGAAUCCUAAAGAGAGGACGGCUUUGUUUGAGGAGAUCUCCCGCUCUGGUGAGCUGGCCCAGGAAUAUGACCGCAGAAAGAAAGAGAUGGUGAAAGCAGAAGAAGACACGCAGUUCAACUAUCACCGCAAGAAGAACAUCGCAGCAGAGCGCAAAGAGGCCAAACAGGAAAAAGAGGAGGCUGAGAGAUACCAGAGACUAAAGGAUGAGGUGGUCAGGGCUCACGUUCAGCUACAGCUCUUUAAACUCUACCAUAAUGAGGAGGAGAUCGAGAAGCUGAACAGAGAGUUGUCCCAGCGCAACCGUGAGAUUGAGAAGGACAGGAAGAAGAUGGACCAUGUCGAGGAAGAGCUCAAGGAAAAGAAGAAAGAGCUAGGAAGAAUGAUGCGAGAUCAGCAGAAUGUGGAGAAGGAGAUAAAAGAGAAAGAUGCUGAGCUGAAUCAGAAACGGCCACAGUAUAUCAAAGCCAAGGAGAACACUGCCCAUAAAAUUAAGAAGCUCGAGGUGGCUCGAAAGUCUUUGCAGAACGCCCAGAAGAUGUACAAGAAGCGUAAGGCAGACAUAGAGGAACUGGACCAUGAGCAGGGCGCUGUGGAGAUGGCAAGGCAGGAGUUUGAUGAACGGAUGGAAGAGGAAGCCCAGAGUCAAGGCCAAGAUCUGACACUUGAGGAGAACCAGGUGAAGCAGUAUCACAGGCUGAAGGAGGAGGCCAGUAAGCGGGCAGCUACCUUGGCACAGGAGCUAGAGAAGUUUAACAGGGACCAAAAGGCCGACCAGGACAGACUGGAUCUAGAGGAGAGGAAGAAAAUUGAGACAGAGGCCAAAAUAAAGCAGAAGAUUCGAGAGAUCGAGGAAAACCAGAAGCGCAUUGAAAAGCUGGAGGACUAUAUUGCAACUAGCAGGCAGUCUCUGGAUGAACAAAGGCGUAUGGAAGAGGAACUGACUGAGGAAGUGGAGCUGGCCAAAAGAAGGAUUGAUGAGAUAAACAUGGAGUUAAACCAAGUGAUGGAGCAACUUGGAGAUGCUCGUAUUGACAGGCAAGAGAACAGCCGUCAGCAGCGCAAAGCUGAAAUUAUGGAGAGCAUUAAGCGGCUUUACCCCGGCUCAGUGUAUGGCAGACUGAUUGACUUAUGCCAGCCCACUCAGAAGAAAUACCAGAUUGCAGUGACCAAAGUCCUGGGAAAAAACAUGGACGCCAUCAUUGUGGACUCUGAGAAAACCGGCCGAGAUUGCAUCCAGUACAUUAAAGAGCAAAGAGGAGAACCGGAGACCUUUCUGCCUCUCGACUAUUUGGAGGUGAAACCCACAGAUGAGAAACUGAGAGAGCUUCGUGGGGCAAAGCUGGUGAUCGACGUGAUCCGCUAUGAGCCACCACACAUAAAGAAAGCCCUUCAGUAUGCCUGCGGGAAUGCUUUAGUGUGCGAGAAUGUGGAGGACGCUCGCAGGAUUGCCUUCGGAGGACCAUACCGUCAUAAGACCGUGGCCUUGGAUGGAACUCUCUUCCAAAAGUCAGGUGUGAUCUCUGGAGGAGCUAGCGACCUGAAAGCAAAGGCUCGGCGUUGGGACGAGAAGGCUGUGGACAAACUUAAGGAAAAGAAAGAGAAACUAACAGAGGAAUUGAAGGAACAAAUGAAGGCAAAGAGAAAGGAGGCAGAGCUCAGACAGGUUCAGUCUCAGGCACACGGGCUGCAGAUGAGACUCAAAUACUCUCAGAGUGAUCUGGAACAGACCAAAACUCGCCACCUCUCUCUGAACAUGCAGGAGAAAUCAAAGUUGGAGAGUGAGCUGGCAAAUUUUGGCCCACGAAUUAAUGACAUAAAACGAAUCAUCCAAUCACGAGAGAGGGACAUUACAGAGUUACGAGAUCGCAUGAACCUGGUGGAGGAUGAGGUCUUUGUUGAUUUCUGUGAGGAGAUAGGCGUGCGAAAUAUCCGAGAGUUUGAAGAGGAAAAAGUAAAGAGGCAGAAUGAGAUUGCCAAAAAACGGCUGGAGUUUGAGACACAGAAGACCCGUCUGGCCAUCCAGCUUGAUUAUGAGAAGAACCAGUUGAAGGAGGACCAGGAGAAAGUGAUGAUGUGGGAACAGACUGUAAAGAAGGAUGAGAACGAGAUUGAAAGACUUAAAAAGGAGGAACACAGACAUAUGAAAAUCAUUGAUGAGACAAUGGCACAGCUACAGGACCUGAAGAACCAGCAUCUCACUAAGAAGGGAGAGGUCAAUGACAAGAACCGAGAGAUGGAGGAGAUCCGUAAGAAACUAGGCUCUGCCAACAAAGAGCUGACGCAGCUGCAGAAGGAAGUAACCGCCAUCGAGACCAAACUGGAACAGAAACGCAGUGACAGACACAACUUACUGCAAGCCUGCAAGAUGCAGGACAUCAAACUACCCCUCAAAUCAGGGACAAUGGAUGACAUCAGCCAGGGAGAGGGAAGCUCGCAAGUUGAGGAUUCGAUCAGCAGCCCGAAGGCAUCAAGUUCUGUGCAUGCCAAAGAGGCCCUCAUAGAGAUUGACUACAGCAACUUAAAUGAGGACCUCAAGGAUUCUCUGUCAGAGGAUGAGAUCAAGGCAGAGAUGAACACCCUACAGCAGAGGCUGAACGAGCAGCAAAGCAUCCUGCAGAGAAUCAGCGCUCCCAACAUGAAGGCCAUGGAGAAACUCGAGAGCGUUAGAGACAAGUUCCAGGAGACCAGUGAUGAGUUUGAAGCUGCUCGAAAAAGAGCCAAGAAAGCCAAACAAGCAUUCGAGCAGAUCAAGAAAGAGCGGUUUGAUCGUUUCAAUGCCUGUUUUGAGUCUGUUGCCACCAACAUUGAUGAGAUCUACAAAUCGCUGUCACGUAACAGCAGUGCACAGGCAUUCCUGGGGCCAGAGAACCCAGAAGAACCAUACUUAGAUGGAAUCAACUACAACUGUGUGGCUCCAGGAAAGAGGUUCAGGCCCAUGGAUAACCUGUCAGGAGGAGAGAAGACUGUGGCUGCUUUAGCUCUGCUUUUUGCCAUUCACAGCUACAAGCCUGCACCUUUCUUUGUCUUGGAUGAGAUUGAUGCUGCUUUGGAUAAUACCAACAUAGGCAAGGUGGCCAACUACAUAAAGGACCAGUCAGUCCAGAAUUUUCAGGCCAUUGUUAUCUCUCUCAAAGAGGAGUUCUACACAAAAGCUGACUCCCUCAUAGGAGUUUACCCUGAGCAAGGAGAUUGUGUCAUCAGUAAGGUGCUGACCUUUGAUCUUUCCCAGUAUCCAGAUGCCAAUCCCAAUCCUAAUGAUUAGGUUGUGUUGAUUUGAAUUUGUUGGUAGACAGCUGUGAGAUUGAUCAAAAGUAUCUUUUAAAAACAUAAUGCUAAUCAUUGAUGUUUACUUUUUUUAUAUAAUGAAUGUUGCUAUAAUAAGUGUUAAAUUGUCUGCUAUAUUGUGUUCCAAAUAGAAUGCAUGAUUGUGCAAGUAUUCAGUUGUUCUAUGAAUAUUAGAUGUGUAUGAACAGCUUUUCAUGUUCAGUCAACUAGAUCAGUGUUAUGGGUAAUGUUUUGUUUGCACUGUCUCUCAACAGAGAACAUAUGAUCUGCCUAUUGUCAAGUGUGCCUUGUGGAUGAUCCGUUCAUUCAGUAUAAUGUAAUGAUCAGUAUUUGUGAAAUGUUUUUUCUUUUUUGUCUUCAUGGGAAACUAUGUUAUGUGUAAACAGUAUUCAAACUGAAAAAAAGAGCUUGUGUCAUGUGCUAGUCAACGUGAUUUUGUCAGGUAAGACGUGUUCUUGGAUCAAUAUAUUUUGUUGAUCCUGGAUCAACAUUCCUGUCCCAAAAUGUAGUCCUUACACAUUCCCUACCCCUAAACCUAACCCUACCCAUAACUUUUCCCUAAAAUCAGACGGUAAUGGUAGGUGAAUAACAUUGAUGUUUAAGUACUUCACCCUGAUUCUAAGCUUAAACUUGACAUAAACUGUAAAUUGUCCCUCAAAUCUGAUUGGUUGAUUGGAAAGUUGUUCCAGGAUCGACUAAGAUGUUGAUCUAGGAACAUGUGGUACUUAGUGAAAUCACGUUCACCAUCUUGUGCUCAUGGCACGUUCCACAAAUAUGGUACACAAAUAUAUACCCUAUUUUGCAGGAUUAUAGGCAUUAUUAUUAUUAUUCCCAUGAUUUUUCCAAUAAUUCCCAAAAGUAAGAAAAUAAAUAAAAAAUAAACCAUCUGAAUUAAAACUUAGGUUGCCUUUUCUGAGGUUGAUAAUCAAAAUUUUCUGAACAGCAUCUCCUUUCUUCCUAUUGAAUCCCUUUGGUAAAUCAUCAUUAAAAAACGUAUUCUAAUGAGUCAUAAUUAUGACCCUUUUUUAAAGACAUAAUCAUGACUUUCGUCUCAUAAUUACCACUUACUAUGUCGUCAUUUUUACUUUUUAUAUCAUAAUUAUCACUCUUAGUAUGUCUGUAACUCCUAAUCCUGGGCUAAUCCUAUUGGCUAAGACCUAUCUGUGAAACCAGGGCAGUAUGUCAUAAUUUUGGUUUGCCAUAAUUCAACUUUUUAUCUCAUAUUGAUAUUAAAAAGUAGAAUGCUGUGGUAUAUGUCGAAAAAUAAAUGAGUAGUAUAGUUAGAAAAUAGCUUCUAUGUUUAACAGUUUCAGGGCCUAUUUUGUACCCUAUUCGUGGAAGGUGCCACAACUGUGGCUAAAUGUUACAUGGAACAAAAAUAAAUACCAGAAAAAGAACACAUUAAACUUGUAAUUAAAUAGAUAAAGCAGAGCACACCCUAUGGCACACCUGACGUUCCCACUCACUCAGAAGCAAACACCAAUUUUCACGUGGGCUCACCCUCACCGGCACAAACCCAACCAUGCUUGCACAAACAUGCCCCGCCCUCAUGACUGUUGCUUACGUCAGCUAUCUCACAUUGGUCGCCUCUUAUUUCUUAUGUUCGGUUGCACUGCAGAGAACGCCCAACGUGUCAGUCGGCAUUCAAGAUCUCCACUCCGGUAACUCCUUACAGUGGACUGGUUUGAUCAGAUUAAACCCACCGCUGCUCAGAUUUAACACCCCGGCAAUGGACAGCAUCAAAGACGGGUGGUUUACCGAGACAUGCACAUUAUGGCCAGGCCAAGCGAUGAGUCUUCAAGUGGAGGAAGUGUUGCAUCAUAAAAAAUCCAAUUUCCAGGACGUGAUGGUUUUUAAAAGUAAGACGUAUGGAAAUGUGCUGGUUUUGGAUGGAGUCAUCCAAUGCACAGAACGAGAUGAAUUUUCUUAUCAAGAAAUGAUCGCCAAUCUACCUCUCUGCUGCCACCCUUGCCCAAGGAAGGUUCUCAUCAUUGGUGGAGGAGACGGUGGCGUCCUGAGGGAGGUUGUCAAGCAUCCGCUGGUGGAGUCUGUUGUUCAGUGUGAGAUUGAUGAGGAUGUAAUAAAUGUCUCCAAGAAGUACCUCCCUGGAAUGGCAAAAGGCUUCUUCAGCCCCAAACUUACUCUGCAUGUAGGUGAUGGCUUUGAAUUUAUGAAAAAGAAUCAGGAUGCCUUUGACAUCAUCAUCACAGACUCAUCAGACCCUGUCGGUCCGGCUGAAAGCUUGUUCAAAGAGUCUUACUAUCAGCUCAUGAAAACGGCACUUUGUGAGGGAGGAAUUCUUUGUUGUCAAGGAGAGUGUCAGUGGUUGCAUUUGGAGCUAAUAAAGGAAAUGCGGACCUUCUGUAAGACCCUCUUUCCUGUAGUGGACUAUGCAUACUGCACCAUUCCAACAUAUCCAAGCGGACAAAUCGGCUUCAUGCUUUGUAGUAAAAAUCCG